CUCGCCGCCUCGUCCCUGCGCGGCUGCGGAGAAGGCGGCGGCGGCGGCCCGGGAAGCAGACAUGGCGGCGGACCUGAACCUGGAGUGGAUCUGCUCCCUGCCCCGCUCCUGGACCUACGGGAUCACCAGGGGCGGCCGCGUCUUCUUCAUCAACGAGGAGGCCAAGAGCACCACCUGGCUGCACCCGGUCACCGGCGAGGCCGUGGUCACCGGACACCGGCGGCAGAGCACAGAUUUGCCCACCGGUUGGGAAGAGGCGUACACUUUUGAAGGUGCAAGAUACUAUAUCAAUCACAAUGAAAGGAAAGUGACUUGCAAGCACCCGGUCACAGGCCAGCCGUCUCAAGACAACUGUAUCUUCGUAGUGAAUGAUCAGGCAGUUGGGAGCAUGCCGGCAGAAGACAAGAAGGAGCGGCCCGUGAGCAUGGUCAACGAAGCCAGCUACAGCCCCGCCUCCGACUACGCGCCCCACCCCAUGAGCCCCGCCGGCAGGACUUCACGGGCAUCCAAAAAAGUUCACAAUUUUGGGAAGAGAUCAAAUUCAAUUAAAAGGAACCCUAAUGCCCCUGUGGUCAGGAGAGGCUGGCUUUACAAACAGGACAGCACCGGCAUGAAGCUCUGGAAGAAGCGCUGGUUUGUGCUCUCCGACCUGUGCCUCUUCUACUACCGGGAUGAGAAAGAGGAGGGGAUUCUGGGAAGCAUACUCUUACCCAGCUUCCAGAUAGCCAUGCUUACCUCUGAGGAUCACAUUCAUCGGAAAUACGCCUUUAAGGCAGCUCAUCCCAACAUGCGGACCUAUUACUUCUGCACGGACACGGGGAAGGAGAUGGAGCUGUGGAUGAAAGCCAUGCUGGACGCGGCUCUGGUGCACACCGAGCCCGUGAAAAGAAUUACCUUUAGUCUCCGAGUGGACAAGAUCCCUUCGGAAAGCGCCCCCCCUAAAGAAACCAAUAACAUCCCCAACCACAGACUGCUGGUGAAACCCGAGGCGCAAAACAACCAAAGAAACAAAGACACAAGCAAACUAGACGACCGGAAGGCCUUAGAGGCGGAGAAGUACGGCUUCCAGAUGGACGGCCACGAGCGGCCGCUGACCAAGAUCAACAGCGUCAAGCUCACCGCCCUGCCGUCCGACUACGACGGGGGAUCGGUGUACCCCAGGCCCGGCACCGCCUGCACCCCUGAUGGCAGGCUGGCCAAUGACCUCAGGGCUGGGGGUCACCCCGAACCCAACCGCAUCCUCCAGAGAACCAACUCCAUGCUGCAGCUGGGGCAGUGGAUUAAGAUCCAGAAGGAAAGGAGUCUGGAGGAUGAACCCCGGGGCGUCAUUUCUUAUCAAACAUUACCAAGAAACAUGCCGAGCCACCGGGCGCCGAUGCUCGCCCGCUACCCCGAGGGCUACAGAACGCUCCCCAGGAACCCCAAGGCCAGGCCGGACAGCCUGUGCAGCGCGGCCCCCUCCAUCCACGAGCGGCCCGAGGAGAAGCGGCGCUCGGUGCGCGGCGACACCAUGUCGCAGCUGUACCAGUGGCAGCAGCGGCAGGUGUGCGGCAAGCAGGCCACGCUGCCCCGGCCCGCAGCCCAGCCCCGGCCCGGCCCCGCCGAGCACGCCUCGCCCCCCCUCGCCCUCCUCCACGCCUGCUCCCCGCAGCGCAGCCCCAGGCCCGGCCUGUCGCCCCCCGGCCCCAGAGGGGAUGCCACCCUGGACCGCAGACACCGGCCCCACCACCCCAAGCACAUGUACGUACCUGACAGAAGAUCGAUGCCCGCCAGCCUGACCCUCCCUUCCGUGAGUUCGCAGAGUCUCCAAGGGAAAACGCCGGAGGAGCUCACGCUGCUGCUCAUUCAGCUGAGGCGGCAGCAGGCCGAACUGAGCAGCGUUCGGGAGCACACGCUAGCGCAGCUCAUGCAGCUCAAGCUCCAGGCCCACAGCCCAAAGAACGAAAUGCUCUCCCAUCACCUGCAAAGGAACACCAUGUAUCUGGACCACCAGAUGAAGGAGAACGAACCGGUUAUCACCAUGGUACACACCAUGAUCGAGAACUCGGCGCUCAGACCGCAGCUGUACCAGCAACUGUCCCAGGACGGAGGCGCGCUGCAGCGCUGCAGGCCCGACGAGGCGGACACCGACGCCAAGCUGAGCCGCCUCUGCGAACAGGACAAGGUGGUGCGCGCCCUGGAGGACCGGCUGUGGCAGCUGCACAAGGAGAAGUACACGCUGGAGCAGGCCCUGCUGUCCGCCAGCCAGGAGAUCGAGACCAACGCGGACAACCCCGCCGCCAUCCAGACGGUGCUGCUGCAGAGAGAUGACCUGCAGAACGGGCUGCUGAGCACCUGCCGGGAGCUCUCGCGGGCCACCGCGGAGCUGGAGCGGGCGUGGAGGGAGUACGACAAGCUAGAGUAUGACGUCACGGUCACCCGGAAGCAGAUGCAGGAACAGCUGGACCGCCUGGGAGAAGUUCAGACGGAGUCGGCCGGAAUUCAGCGCGCACAGGUCCAGAAGGAAAUGUGGAGGAUCCAAGACGUAAUGGAAGGCCUCAGCAAACACAAGCAGCAGAGAGGCUCCUGGGAACCGGGUGUGACAGGGUCAAAGCCCUUCUCCACAGUUAAGUACAGGAGUGAGGAAGAGGAGAGCGCCCCCCCUCGGCCUCCACUUCCUCGGUCUUAUGACUUUACCGAGCAUCCUCCCAUCCCCCCCCCUCUGUGCAGUGAUAGCCGCUCCUUGCUCUGUUAUAGCAGGGACCUAGCGCAUCUGCCUGAGGACAAGAGGCUGCCUCAAGCUCAAGGACAUCCAAGAAAUGGACCUCACUGCGGUCCCGAUUAUAGGCUAUACAAGAGUGAGCCUGAGUUAACCACAGUGGCAGAGGUUGAUGAGUCUAAUGGCGAAGAAAAAUCUGAGCCUGUGUCAGAGGCCGAAACCGCAGCCAUCAAAGGGCCGCACUUUCCUGUGGGGAUCGUCCCCCCCAGAACCAAGUCCCCGACACCCGAGUCUUCCACAAUUGCUUCGUACGUGACCUUGAGGAAAACCAAGAAGGUGCUGGACCUCAGCACGGAGCGACCGCGAAGCGCCGUGGAGCAGCUCUGCCUGGCAGAAAGUUCUCGGCCCCGGAUGACGGUGGAGGAGCAGAUGGAGCGGAUCCGCCGGCAUCAGCAGGCCUGCCUGCGGGAGAGGAAGAAAGGGUGGAAUGUUCUGGGCGCUUCCGACCCGUCCCCCUUACACAGCCCCUCCAGCUUGAGGGAAAACCCCUUCAGGAUGGUGCAGCCUCGGAGGAGGGACGACGGCGUGAAGGAGCCGGACGCCGUCAGUACGGAAAGCGACGGGAAGCCACCCCGUGAAUCCCCCACGGAAGACGCUCUUCCCGUCAUCACCACUGAGCCCCAAAGUCCAGACUCCGGCAAGGAGUUGAAGAGAACGGAGAAUGUUCUGUAUGGUGUGCUUUUCGCCCCUGAGCCGAAAGGGUUAAACUCUGAGGAAUCGGGGGACAAGGAAAGGAGCGAGGAAUCCGACCCUGUUGGAGUGACAUGCAGCCCCGGAGACGACGGGCGGAUCACGAACCACGAAGCACUAGACAGCCCUGAAGAAGACUCCAAAAGCAGUGCUCCUGACCAGGAAGAGCCUGCGGCUUCCCGUGAGCCCACUCCCGAGGCCUCGAGAGAGAGUCAGACGCCCGCCGUGCCAAGUCUGACCCCAUCUCCCGAGCCCUCGUCACCAGAGCCACCCCUGCAGACAGAGCUCCCCGAAGGGUCACACUUCAUGUGCGUGUAGACCCCAGCCACCCCACCCCGACCGCCAUGACAAGACGUGUACAGAACGCCUUCACUCUCUGAAACUCACCGAGCGACACCCGAUCAUUCCUGGGGAAAAAACCGUCUCCAAACAGCUUUAAGCACCCACCGGUCCCUCUGUAGCCCCCCCCCAGCUUGCACCCCACCUGCCAAGCCCCGCCCCCUCCAUCCUGGGGUCUCUACCGCUCAGCCCUUUGGCUUCUCCUUACAUAGCGUUAGUUAUUAUUUCCAAGGACCUGGGUCCCCCCCGUCCCCCCAUCUCUUCAGGACUGCUUUGGCUCCCACUUGAUUUGUAACAGCCGUGGACUGGUCCCUCCGCAAUGCCACCUCAUUCAUGCCCGUGAGGUGUGCCCCCAUUUCCCACCAUCACCGCCACCCCCCCCCCCACCC